CAAGUAUCAAAACAAUCUAAGCAUUUAACUUGUUAAUCCUCAACCCAUCUUCAAUUGAGAUUUUCAAAUACUAUAAAUGGCUUUGGUGAGAGGUCUCUUAGGUGCAAAGAAGAUCCUUAGCCGCUCUGUAGCGGCUAAAACACCAAAAGGGUUUCUUGCUGUGUAUGUUGGCGAGGACCAGGUCCAGAAGAAGAGAUAUAUUGUUCCUGUCUCAUAUUUGAACCAGCCUUUGUUUCAAGCUCUACUCAGUAAGUCUGAAGAAGAGUUUGGGUUCAAUCAUCCGAUGGGGGGCUUAACCAUCCCUUGUCCUGAAGAUACUUUCAUAAAUGUGACUUCUGAGCUAAAGGGGAAGAUGUUCCAAAGGAGUAGAUAGAUCUAACGUUUUCUAGUCGUGAGUUAGAGAUAGAAUUAUUCAAUGUAAAUAGGUCAACCUUUUUCUUCCUCGUUCUUCCUGAGAAAAAGAGUUGUUCAAUAGGUUCAAAGCUUAAUGUAAAUGAAAUUUUUGCUGUUAAAUGUGUCUAUGCUAAUGAAGAAAACUUU